CUAGGCAUGCAGACUGCUUCUACAAACAUUUGUGAAAGAAUGGGUUACUCUCAGGAGCUCAGUGAAUUCAAGUGUGGUACUGUGAUAGGUUGCCACCUGUGCAAUAAGUCCAUCUGUGAAAUUUCCUUGCUACUAAUUAUUCCACAGUCAACUGUUAGUGGUAUUAUAACAAAGUGGAAGCAACUGGGAACAACAGCAACUCAGCCCCAAUGUGGUAGGCCACUGGACUCUAGAGCAGUGGAGACGUAUUCUCUGGAGUGACGAAUCACGCUUCUCUGUCUGGCAAUCUGGUGGAUGUGUUUGGGUUUGGUGGUUGCCAGGAGAAUAGUACUUGCCUGACUGCAUUGUGCCAAGUGUAA